ACUGAGUAGCCCGCGGCCCGGGUGGUGCGGGAGGCCCUGGUCCGGCUGCGGAGCGCUGCUCGAGAGGCUGACUCCGAAGGACCCCCAGCGCGGCGGGCGCGGCGAUGAUCCUGGAGGAGAGGCCGGACGGCGCGGGCGCCGGCGAAGAGAGUUCGCGGCUGCAGGGCUGUGACUCCCUGGUGCAGAUGCAGUGCGGCCAGCUGCAGAGCCGCAGGGCCCGGAUUCACCAGCAGAUUGACAAGGAGCUGCAGAUGCGGACGGGUGCUGAGAACCUCUACAGAGCCACCAGCAACAACCGGGUGAGAGAGACGGUCGCCCUGGAGCUGAGCUACGUCAACUCCAACCUGCAGCUGCUGAAAGAGGAGCUGGAGGAGCUCAGCGGUGGUGUGGACCCUGGCCAGCAUGGGAGUGAAGCUGUCACUGUCCCCAUGAUCCCCCUGGGCCUGAAGGAGACCAAGGAGCUGGACUGGUCUACACCACUGAAGGAGCUGAUCUCGGUGCACUUUGGAGAGGACGGCACUUCCUACGAGGCAGAAAUCAGAGAGCUGGAGGCCCUGCGGCAGGCCAUGCGGACCCCCAGCCGGAACGAGGCGGGCCUGGAGCUGCUCACAGCCUACUAUAACCAGCUGUGCUUCCUGGACGCGCGCUUCCUCACCCCUGCCAGGAGCCUCGGGCUCUUCUUCCACUGGUACGACUCGCUUACUGGGGUCCCGGCCCAGCAGCGCGCCCUGGCCUUCGAGAAGGGCAGCGUUCUCUUCAACAUCGGCGCCCUCCACACGCAGAUUGGGGCGCGCCAGAACCGCUCCUGCGCCGAGGGUGCCCACCGCGCUGUGGAGGCCUUCCAGAGGGCCGCUGGGACCUUCAGCCUCCUGAGGGAGAACUUCUCCCAUGCGCCGAGCCCAGACAUGAGCCCUGCGUCCCUCUGCGCACUGGAGCAGCUCAUGAUGGCCCAGGCCCAGGAAUGUGUGUUUGAGGGCCUCUCACCCCCUGCCUCCAUGGCCCCCCAAGACUGCCUGGCCCAGCUGCGCCUGGCGCAGGAGGCUGCCCAGGUGGCAGCCGAGUACAGACUAGUGCACCAGACCAUGGCCCAGCCACCCAUCCACGACUACAUGCCCGUCUCCUGGACUGCCCUGGUGCAUGUCAAGGCCGAGUACUUCCGCUCCCUGGCCCACUACCACGUAGCCAUGGCCCUCUGCGACGGCUCCCCAGCAACCGAGGGAGAGCUCCCCACACACGAGCAGGUCUUCCUCCAGCCCCCCACCUCCUGCAAGCCCCAAGGCCCCGUGCUGCCGCAGGAGCUGGAGGAGCGCAGGCAGCUUGGCAAGGCACACCUGAAGCGCGCCAUCCUGGGGCAGGAGGAGGCGCUGCGGCUGCACGCCCUGUGCCGCGUCCUGCGAGAGGUGGACCUGCUGCGGGCUGUGGUCGCCCAGACGCUGCAGCGCUCACUGGCCAAGUAUGCGGAGCUUGACCGUGAGGAUGACUUCUGUGAGACUGCCGAGGCCCCAGACAUCCAGCCUAAGACCCACCAGAAGCCAGAGGCCAGGACGCCACGCCUGUCCCAGGGGAAGGGGCCUGACAUCUUCCAUCGGCUGGGGCCCCUGUCUGUGUUCUCAGCCAAGAACCGGUGGCGGCUGGUGGGGCCCGUCCACCUGACCCGAGGAGAGGGUGGCUUCGGCCUCACGCUUCGGGGAGACUCGCCUGUCCUCAUCGCUGCUGUCAUUCCAGGGAGCCAGGCCGCGGCGGCCGGCCUGAAGGAGGGUGACUACAUUGUGUCAGUGAACGGGCAGCCGUGCAGGUGGUGGAGACAUGCAGAGGUGGUGGCGGAGCUGAAGGCUGUGGGAGAGGCGGGUGCCAGCCUGCAGGUGGUGUCAGUGCUGCCCAGCUCUAGGCUGCCCACCUUGGGGGACCGCCGACCCGCCCUGCUGGGCCCCAGGGGGCUUCUAAGCAGCCAGAGGGAGCAUGGCUGCAAGACCCCGGCAUCCACGUGGGCCAGCCCCCGGCCCCUCCUCAGCUGGAGCCGAAAAGCCCAGCAGGGCAAGCCUGGAGGCUGCUCCCAGCCCCGUGCCCCAGUGAAGCCAGCUCUGCCCUCAUCCUCGAAGUGCCCAGGGUGGCUGUGAGGGCCAGGCUCCCUGCACACCUCAGCCCUGGCUCCAGCUGGUGGGAAGCACCAAGCAUGCCCUCCCCACCCAGAGGACCUCUGGGCAAUGCCUGCCCCGCCUCAUGCCGGAGGCUUCCUCGGGCACCAGCCUGCCCAUUAAAGACUAUGGUCAGACCUGUCUGAGCCCAGUGAUGGGAGCUGUGGCCUCUUCACCCACACACAGGAAGGGUGCCAGUCCCUCUGCCGGUCUGAGGUCAGCUUCCUGGGGCUGCCCCACCCUGAGGGCUCCUCACAGGAGGUGCACCUCUCAGUCAUCACGUCUGUGCCCCCGGGCUCUGUCCACCCUGCUGCUGCCCUGGGCACAGACCCUGAGGUCUCAGUCCUGCCUCCAGCCAAGUUUCUGCCUGGUGCCCAGUGACUCCUGCUGGGCACCCCUUCGCUCGCUGCCCCUCCACCAUGCCACCACGCAGCAGCCAGGCACACCCACAGCAUCCGCAGACCCCUAGGCCGGGUCCCAGACACGG